UCACCGACGAAACUCGCAUUAGAGCGAUACGCCGAUCUUGCGCCGAGUGAUAACAUUAAUAAUAUACAUCCACACCUGUUUGGAAGAGAUAGUAGUGGUGCAGGGGUAUAUCGUGCGAUUUGUUGAAUUUUGCAGGCCGUAUGCGAACACGGCUCGUUGAAUGAGUUGAAAAUUGUCAAAAUUUUCCUCACCCCCUCCCGAUAACGCGUUGAAUUAAAAACAUACACACAUAUAUAUAUAUACGAGUGUGGGUAUAUAUAUAUAUAUAUAUACAUUGCGAGGAGAUGGGCUCGCCGGUGAAAGAGACGAAGGACGAGUACGAGGUUAGCAGCCGCAGACCGGACACCAGGACCAAGUGGCAGGCGUUCAAGAACGCGAUAUACAAUCCCGAGGAGAAAACCUUAUUAGGGCGCGACAAAAAAAAAUGGGGUAUCGUUACUGUAUUUUACAUGGUAUUCUACAGCGUUUUAGCUGUGCUAUGCGCUAUUUGUUACAUGGGAUUGAUGGUCACGAUAGACGAGAACAGGCCUAAAUAUACCCUGGAUAGCAGCAUCAUCGGAACUAAUCCUGGUAUGGGCUUUAGGCCACUACCAAAUUUGGAACACGGAUCCACAAUCUCGUACACAUUGUCAAAUUAUUCGCACAUAGCCGAAUGGACGGCGCGUAUCGAUCAAUUUCUCGAAAUGUACAUGGACAAGACGAAGCUGCCGAACGGAGGCCGAAAUCAGAUGAUCUGUAACUACUCAAGGCCGAUGGAACCCGGCAAGGUGUGCGAGGUCGACAUAAGGAAGCUCGGAAAUUGCUCGAAAGCCAUGGACUACGGCUACAGAAAUUCCUCGCCCUGCGUUUUCAUCAAACUAAACAGGAUAAUGGACUGGAAGCCGAUUUUUUACAAUAAUCCUAAGGAUCUACCACAAAGCAUGAAGCAGGACCUUAAAGAUUACAUACUUAGAUUUGGAGAAGCUGGUAAAGAUAGGUUAAAUACCAUCUGGGUGUCGUGCAACGGUGAAAGUCCGACCGACAUUUCAAAUAUGGGCCGUCUGGAGUAUUACCCCUACCAAGGCUUCCCCGGUUACUACUACCCGUACGAAAAUGCGCCAGAUUACCUAAGUCCAGUCGUAGCUGUUCGAUUCACGCGACCUAAAAUAAACGUGACUAUUAACGUCGAGUGCAAGGCUUGGGCUAAAAACAUUAAAUACUCCUCGCACCGGGGAGAGAAGGUCGGUUCGGUUCAUUUCGAGCUGCUGAUAAAGGAAUAACAGCAAUUAAUACUGUCACAGAUCCUACGGUUGAAGAAUAAAAUAAACAAGUGUCCACUUUUGCUUCAGUGCCUAUGCACACACUUUCGUCAGCUACCAUCGAAUAAACACAACAACGGCAUUGAUUGCUGACACCCGUGUUUAUUUAUACAUAUAUAUAUAUAUAUAUACAUAUAUAUCUUUGAUAUUGUCCUUUUGUCUUACCAACUGCGUCAAUUUGGCGAAAUUUUUUACUGAAAAUUCAUUUUUGAGUACAGUAUGAUAAUCAGUGUCACUGUACGGUAAAACGAGAUAUUAGGUGGCGUCCUGCAACGAUGUUAAACGUCAAUUCAUUGGAUUUUUGAGCAUUUGUAAGAAAAAAAAAAAUAAUAAUUUUGUAAUGUGAAAAACGUA